AUGAGUGAACGGAGUGCCUCCGGGCAGGAGCCGCCGACGUUGGAGUCCGGCGGCGCGUGGGACGAAGCGCAGUCCCCGCUAUUUGGGUCCCACCACGCACAAGGGGCGGUGAAAAGCAUCCAACGGUUUCACGAAUUGUUCCAGAGCGGUGUAAUCACCGAGGAGGAGUUCAGUGCGGCGAAGGCCCGUAUCCUUUGUUUGGAGGCCAGGCGUUCUAGCGGGUCAGUCUCGCUGGAGUCACACCGCUCGGGGAGGCACAGGCGCCGCGGGAAGCGCAGCAGAGAAAGCAACGACUCGCGCGGCAGCACGGGUUCCACGUACCGUGAAGAACGAGGCAAGAGCCGCAGCCGCAGCCGCAGCCGCAGCCGCAGUAGUCGCAGUAGCCGCAGUAGCAGUAGUAGUAGUAGUAGUAGUGCGUCGAGUAGCUUCAUGAUUGCCCCACGCGCCAAAGUCUGGAACUUGCUUGCCUCUGGGAGCGACACGGAUAACGCCAACAGUGCUGAGCGUGGUGCGGGCGGCAAAGAGAUCCCCGGCGGCCUGCUACUGCCCGUGAUGGAGAAGGAGCGGCUGCCUGCGGUAGUGGUGCAUGCUCCGGCGGGAGAAACGUUGCCGUCGUCGCCCCCAUCGAUGGCCCAGCAGCGGCGGUACGGCACAUUUCAGCCGCAGUGGGUAGUGCAGCAUCCGCAGCGGCAACGGUCGCGUGUGCCGCUGCGGCCGGCCUGCGAAGUGCGCGUGGAAUACUUUAAUUGCCUGGGCGCCCGUGGUGACCGGUUCAGCGACGUCAAGCUACGUGAGGAAGAAAUGCGGCCCCCGUUCUUUUUGCGCAGGCGCACCUCCCACCCCCUCGGUGCCCCGGGUGUGCGAACCUCACAGUCCGAGCCGGACUUUUCGACUGGGGUGGGAGAAGAGUGGAAGGCAGAAGGAAGACUCGUCGGCCUCGAGCACGUCGACGAAUCCAAAUCUUGA